GGUCUUUGUUGGACAUUGACCAACCGCGUUCCAAAUUAAACACUUGUAAAUUGUAAUAUUAUGCCGUGUCGUCGCUGGUUGUGUAAAUAUCAUCGCCGUCGUUGUCGUCGCAUAACACGACAGCCGCCACUAUAAGGUUCACUGGCCAGAAGACCAUGACAAUUGAAUUAUCCGUCUUCUUAUUUAUGCACAACGUAUUAUGUACGUUUAAUAAACGAACAUCCCAAGAAAAUUAUCUCUCAUUCUCGACUCUCGGAUAAAUCAGUAUUGUACGCUUAUGGGAUCGACCGAUGGGAUGUGAAUGUGGGAUCUGCGACCACGCAACCAUGAGCGUGUUCGGUAUUUGGUUAACCGUUAUCCUUUUGUCUGUCCCGUCGCGAGGUCAAUCAUUUUUUUACAGCGAACCCGACAAUUACCAUAACAGGGACUCGAAUAAUUUGCAAAACAGAGCUGCGGUCGAACGAAUACCUGACAUCUUCGAUAGGUAUCAAACCCGCAAUCUAGUUCGAGAUGCCGUGGAAAAAUUGCCGUCCAAAAUUGGCUACUUAGGCGAGGCUAAGUAUCGACUUUCAUCGGGAGGUAAUAACGUUAUUUGUCACGUGGACACCACCCAAUACCAUAAGAAUCAAAUUCCUAAAAAAUUAGAACAAACCAUCCAGUCGUCAUGCACUCACGUGCUGUUAAGUUCCGUGGACACGAAUUUCGAUGCUUUAGCCAAUCGCUGGUUCAUUAGCCAGUCCAAUGGUACUUUUAUAUCGGUGGCGCGAUUGAAAAAACAAAACCCUUCGAUAAAAAUGUUAUUAUACGUCAACGACAUUAUGCCGGACAGUGUGUCGGUUACCAGACGAGAUUUCGUCAUUUCCGUUAACGAUUUAUUGAAAACACACGGGUUCGAUGGCAUUGUUUUGUCCGACGUUUUGCCAAGAUCAACGAACGAAUUGUAUUUCGACGAAGACGAUACGACCAAAGAAGAAUUCCCGCUAUUGGUAGAAGAAUUGGCAAGCGUGCUGAAAACCAGAGGAUACUUAUUGGGCAUGGUCGUGUCUCCUGUAGAUCACAUUUCGCGUAAUUACGAAGCGUCCAGACUAGUUCCCAAUCUAGACUUAAUUAUUCUGAAGAGCUUUGAUUUCCGAAAAUACGACAACAAAGUCGUUGGCCAUCACUCUCCGUUGUACAGCUCUGUCGACAGGGAUCCUUCGUCAAAGUACCACAACGUCGAUUAUAUGGUGAAGUAUUGGCUACACAAGGGUGCCGUGCCCGACCAAUUAGUCAUCGGCAUAGCUUUGUUCGGCCGGAGUUUCAAGCUGGAAGAUCCUAAUUACUUCCAACCGGGAUCACGCUCCGCGGGUAAUGGCCAUGCUGGCCGGUGGACAAAAACUCCGGGAUAUCUAUCCUAUUAUGAGGUUUGUGAACGUAUGAAACGGAACGACUGGAAACAGUAUUCGGACUCAGCGGGCUCGCCGUUUCUCGUCAGAAAAGACCAGUGGAUCAGUUACGAGAAUCCCCAAAGUCUGAUUAAAAAGUUGGAAUACGUAGGAAAUCAGAGAUUGGGAGGAGUGAUGUUAUGGUCGAUUGAUUCAGACGACUUUAACGGGAUGUGCGGUUUACCUUGGCCUCUCGUCAAUACAGUAAAAACAUUUACGACCCACGCGAACAACUUCCCAUUGAAAUUGCGCGAUGUUCCAAUGGAUAGCACGUUAAACAAAAAAGUAAUUUGCUACUACGCCAGUUGGUCAUGGUACCGAGUCGGAGAUGGAAAGUACGCUCCAGAGUAUAUAAAUAAGAAUCUUUGUACCCACAUAGUAUAUGCGUUUGCUGCUCUAGAUCCAAAUGAGUUGAUAAUGAUAGCAGGCGACGAAUGGGAAGACGUUGAAAACAAAUUCUACGAACGAUUUAUUUCAAAAUUAAAAUCAGGGAACACAAAAAUAAUGAUUUCCUUAGGUGGAUGGACAGAUUCGUAUGGUGAUAAAUACACAAAACUGGUCGGGAGUGGUGUAGCCAGAAAAAAGUUUGUGACUUCUGCUGUAGCAUUUUUGAGAAAACACAAUUUUGAUGGUUUACAUCUAGACUGGAAUUAUCCUGUGUGCUGGCAAGCCGAUUGCACUCAAGGACCGCCUUCCGAUAAAUCUAAUUUUGUCAAAUUAACGCAGGAAUUGAGAGCUGAAUUUAAUAAACAAGAUCCACCGUUUGAACUAUCAGCAUCGAUCUCUGGCUACGACGAAAUCAUAAAAGAAGCUUACGAUUUCCCCAAUUUGAGCGAGAAUUUAGAUUUUAUGUCGGUAAUGACGUACGAUUAUCAUGGGCCAUGGGAAAAUAUUACGGGUCAUGUGAGUCCGGCCUACUAUAAAAAAGACGAUCAAUUUCCAAAAUAUAAUAUGGACUCCACUAUCAAGUUGAUUACUAGAUUGGGCGCAGAUCCAGCUAAGAUAGUGUUAGGUCUGCCGUUCUAUGGACAAUCGUAUACCUUAGCAUCGAGUUCUGAACAUGGACUCGGAGAUCCUGCCAAAGGGCCAGGUAUUCCAGGUGAAUACACCCAACAGCCCGGCAUGCUGGCGUACUAUGAAAUAUGUAACAGAGUGUACAAUGAAAACUGGCAGUCAUCUCGCGAUAAACAGAGCGGACUGGAUCCAUACGCGUACAAUGGCAAUCAAUGGGUCAGUUACGAUGACGAGACGUCGAUAAGACUUAAGUCGGAGUACAUAGUGAAGCAAAACCUUGGUGGCGCAAUGGUCUGGACAAUCGACUUGGAUGAUUUUAGUAAUAGAUGCUGCAGGGGAGCUUACCCGUUGCUAACCAAAGUAAACGAAGUGUUCCAGAGAAUUUCAAUUAAACCGUCAUAUUCAGGAUGCAAAAAACCAGAUUAUCCUAUAACACCAAAUGUCCCACUUCCAACUACUACUGAGGAAGGCGAAGGUUCAUGGGAACAUCAAAUGGAAAUGAUGACUACUUCCACGUCGACGACGACAACAACAGCUGAACCAAUACAAGUUUUUACUAAACCUCAAUCUCGACCUACAACUUCUACAACCACAGAACCAGCAUUGUGGACAACGCCGUCUGUGACAUCAACAUCGAUUGAAUCGACAACAGAAACUCAGCAACAUCAGACUCACAGUCCUCCAGCAAACAGACCUUGGUGGUCUGAACAAUCUACAAAAAGACCAGACCAACAACAACGACCACAAUCUUGUGUAGAAGGUUCAUACAAGCCAUCAAAAGAGAGUUGUCAAAAUUAUUAUCAAUGUAAAAACGGAAGGUACAGACGUCAUUCGUGCAAAAAAGGUCUUCUAUGGAAUAGAAGCGCAAAUAAAUGCGAUUUGUCGGAAAAUACCAACUGCAAUACUCUCGACAGUUCACAGCAAUCAGUUCAGUCACCAAUGACAUCUGAGAAACCAAACAGGCCAUCGACAUCAUCUCAGCCAACACCAACAACAACCAUAAGGGAUACGACAUGUGUUGAAGGAGAACAGAUAGCAACUACGAGCGAUUGCAUUUCUUAUUUCCUAUGUUCACGCGGACAGUACAUUAAGGAACUUUGUCCUCCAGGAUUAGCUUGGAAUGAUCAAGCUAAAAUAUGCGAUUGGAAGCAAAAUGUGAAUUGUGAAAAUAGGCGAUCAGAUAGUGGAAAUUUACAACGGUUCGUCGAUAAUAACGGAAAUGAAUUAUCUACCUCAGGAUUGGUCAAAAUUCGUAAUUUACCUAAACCAUUGUUUGUGUACAAACAAUCAUUUUCCGAAUGCCAAGACGGUCAAUUUGCUCCACACCCAGGAGAUUGUAAUAAGUUCUUACAAUGUUUGUGGGGAAAUUUUAAAGUAAACUCCUGUCCAUCUGGACUCUAUUGGAACGCCGCACUUAAUGUAUGUGAUUGGCCCUAUAAUUCUGGAUGUGUUCAAUCCGAACAAGUAAAUCUGCCUAUUGUUGGAAAUUAUCCGACAUCAUCUCAAGUAACACAAUCUAGGCCCACUCCAAAACCGAUCACGAAACCUACGACCACGAGGCCUACCACAAUAACGCCUUCUAUGGAGAGUUGGUGGAAACCACCUUCUACUACCGAACUAGCGACAACUGAAAACCCGUGGGCUUGGAAACCAGAUUCCACUACGGAAAACUCAGGAUUGUGGAAACCUGAAGAAUCUAAUACAGGAGAUCCUUGGGAAUGGAAACCUACCACUACUACAGGAGAUCCUUGGGAAUGGAAACCUACCACUACUACUGCGGCAACGUUGCCAACAACUGAAUCAAAUUACCAGUUAACAGAACAGUAUAAAGUUGUUUGCUACUUUACCAACUGGGCUUGGUAUCGACCAUCGGCCGGCAAAUUUUUCCCUGAAGACACAGAUCCAAAUCUCUGCACUCACAUAGUGUAUGGAUUCGCGACUUUAGAUUAUACCGAAUUAACUAUACGAGUAUUUGAUUCAUGGGCUGAUAUAGAUAAUGGAUUUUAUGAGCGACUAGUGGCGCUGAAAAAACGUGGCGUUAAAGUGUCUAUUGGAUUAGGAGGAUGGAAUGAUUCGGCGGGCGAUAAGUACAGUAGAAUGGUAAACAGCCGAGCCAAUCGUAAGAAGUUUAUUAACAGUAUAAUUAAGUUUAUUCAAAAGUACGGGUUCCAAGGCCUGGACGUUGACUGGGAGUACCCAAAGUGUUGGCAGACUAAUUGUAAUCAAGGACCAGAUUCUGACAAACACUCGUUUUCGAGUUUAUUAAUUGAACUUAGACAAGCAUUUAGACCAUACGGUUACUUAUUAUCUGCCGCCGUUUCACCUAGCAAAGCUGUAAUUGAUGCAGGAUAUGAUGUUCCUAUUCUAAGCAAGUAUUUAGAUUGGAUUGGUGUCAUGACUUACGAUUACCACGGUCAAUGGGAUAAGAAAACUGGACAUGUCGCGCCUAUUUAUUAUCAUCCAGAAGAUGAAAUUAGUUACUUUAAUAUGAAUUACACUAUAAACUACUGGAUUGAGAAAGGGGCUAAUAGCAGAAAAAUUGUGCUGGGCAUACCACUCUACGGUCAAUCGUUUACUCUAUCUAAUCCCAACGUUCAUGGAUUAAAUGCUCCUGCUUCAGGAGCCGGGCAAGCCGGACAGUUUACACGAUCCGCCGGAUUCCUUGCUUAUAAUGAGAUUUGUAUUAAACUUGCAUCUGGGCAGUGGAAUAUUGUUCGCGAUCCAAAAAAAAGAAUCGGACCAUACGCUUAUAGUGGUAAUCAGUGGGUAGGAUUCGAUGACAUUUGGUCUGUAAAACAAAAGGCAGACUACGUGAAGACGAUGAAUUUGGGUGGCGCAAUGAUUUGGGCAUUGGAUCUAGACGACUUCCGAAAUGUAUGUGGACAAGGACAUUACCCAUUACUAACUACUAUUAUGAAAACUUUGGGUUAUAAAAAAGGAGACACAUUUACAACUUCAGCGACCAAUGCCUCGUCAUCAUUGGUUACUGGAAGCUAUCCCUCAUAUCCUCAAACUGUAUCACCUACAGAAAUGGUACCGACUACUAGGCCGCCAAUGAGACCGACGACUACCAGGCCAACGACGGUUAGGCCAAUAGCCACUAAACCACCAACAACUAACAAACCAACCACUGUGAAACCUACAAGCCCAUUGCCAACCACUAUAAAACCGACUACCACUAAGCCUACAAUAAGCACACCAGCAAGACCAAUAGUUAAUCCUUCGAAACCUGAAAACUUCAAGGUGGUCUGUUAUUUUACUAAUUGGGCGUGGUAUAGACAAAACGGUGGCAGAUAUUUACCGAGUGACGUCGAUCCAUCGCUGUGCACUCAUAUUGUCUAUGGGUUCGCCGUGCUCGACAAUGAAGAUUUGAACAUAAAAGCACACGAUUCGUGGGCGGAUUAUGACAACUUAUUUUACCAAAAAGUGACGGAGCUCAAAAAAUACGGAAUCAAGGUUUUAUUGGCAAUUGGCGGUUGGAAUGACUCGGCCGGUAGCAAGUAUAGUGAAUUGGUAAACAAUCCAAAUGCUCGUAGCAAAUUUGUCAGGCAUGUGGUAGGUUUUAUAAAGCAAAACAAUUUUGACGGACUAGAUGUCGAUUGGGAGUAUCCGAAAUGCUGGCAGGUGGACUGUAAACGUGGUCCGAAUAGCGACAAAGAAGGAUUCUCGAAUUUAUUGACUGAACUAAGGGAAGCAUUCGACAAAGAAGGGUUCCUAUUGUCGGCCGCUGUAUCGCCUAACAAAGCCGUAAUCGACGCAGGAUAUGAUGUACCUCUGCUUUCGAGAACGUUGGAUUGGAUCUCGGUAAUGGCAUACGACUAUCAUGGACAAUGGGAUAAAAAAACUGGACACGUGGCCCCGAUGUAUAGUCAUCCGGACGAUACCGAUAUGAAAUUCAACGCGAACUAUACUUUAUACUAUUGGGUGAGCAAAGGAGCAGACCCUCGCAAGUUAGUCAUGGGCAUGCCGACGUACGGUCAGUCAUUUUCGUUAGCUUCUUCCAAGGAAAAUGGGUUAAAUGCUUUGACUUACGGAGGAGGUGAAGCCGGAGAGGCGACCAGAUCUCGAGGGUUCAUGGCUUACUACGAAAUUUGUUAUAGAAUUUUGAAAAAAAAUUGGCGAAUAGUACAAGAUCCGUUGGGAACAAUGGGUCCUUAUGCAUACAACGGCAAUCAGUGGGUGUCUUUUGACGACCAGGAAAUGAUUAAAUACAAAUCAGAAUUUGUGGUUCGCAACAAUCUAGGUGGCGCCAUGAUAUGGGCACUGGAUUUAGACGAUUUUAGGAACGUGUGUGGCUGUGAAACGUAUCCGUUGCUUAAGACCAUCAACCGAGUACUUGGUCGGCUACCGGGUCCUUCCCCAGAUUGUUACCUGGACCUAAACGAAAACGAUAUCGAUGGCAGGGAAUCUUUAGAUAACAAAAGCGAUGAAAAAAUAGAAAAAAGUAACAAAAAUCCUAGUUGUACGGAACCACUUUUAAGAGGUUUUCCGGAAGAUUGCAAUAAAUACGAGAUAUGUCAAUUCGGUGAACUCAGUGUACAGAGCUGUCCAGAAUCGCUAUAUUUCAACAAGAAAAACGCAUUGUGCGACUGGCCUGAGAACGUCAACUGUACUAAACAAUUAUUAUCGAGUUAAACUCUUCGGUUUGACGGCAUCGACGUAUCAAGACUGAAAUCGUACCGCAUAUUGACCCUAUCGCAAGAGUCAUACCAUAGCUAUUAGUAUUAUUAUAAAAUAAAUUGUAUUUAUUGUAAUUAGUGUUGUAGUCAUACGUGUACUAUUGGCCAUAUACGAAUAACCGAAUUGCUGUACGUUGACGAGUGAAUCUAAAUUAUUUUACCGGUUGUGACAAAAAAAAAUUAUUAUUCCUUAAAUUUAACAAAAAAAAAAUUAAAGAUAUACCUAAAUAUAGUAUUCACCUGUAUGUAUUAUCAUAUUAUUCUUAUACAACAUGUAAAUUAUUAUAUUUUAUAAUAUGAAAGGAAACUAAUUUUUAUUAUAGGCAUUAACGAAAAACACCAUAAUAUAGAAUAAGCUUAUUCUGUAAAUAUU